CUGAGGCUGCCGCACCCCUUUGCGCAAACCAAAGAACAGAAAUGGCCACCGCCGAAGCCGUAGUUGGCAACCACGAGUCCCUCGGCGCGAAGCUCGACCGCCUCAAGGAGCACGCCAAAGACGUGGCCUCCAGGCACCCCGUCGCGGGAGCGGCGGCCGUCAUCGCCGUCGGCGCGGUGGGCGCCUACCUCCUGUGGCCCGUGGCGGCCCCGGCCGUCGCCAUGAUGAAGGCGCCCGGAGCCGGCGGCGCGCUCAUCUCCCGCGCCACGUUCCUGGCCAAGAAGAAGCUCUACUUCAAGCUCCUGCACUCCGCCGGCGCUGCGGCGGCGGUAGCUGCCAUGGUGUAGGCGUCGGCACCGCGCCGCGGGGAAGCGUGUUUGGAUCGGAUUAUAAGUGAGCGAGAACUUUGUGUGUGCAUGCAUGCAUAUGAUGUAUUGACUGGUUGUCUUGUAGUGGAUGUAUUUCCAGUUCUCGAAUGUCCAAAUAAACAUCCUGUAGUGUAUUGUCAUGAUCGAUCCGUGGCAAGGCACCACUGCUCCUCUGCGCCGUAGUGUUUGCCAGAUCGUUUUCGUCAAACCAUUGUUGCACGUCAGUUUUUUGGCGAGUUCCCAACCGUUUGCACAUCCGUAGUAGCCGUAGUCAUUCUGAACUCUGGAAAUCUUCUUCCUCCCUACCUUGUGAAGUAACCU